AUGGAGCACAUCCGGACGCCAAAGGUAGAAAAUGUGCGUCUCCUUGACCGGUCGUCAGGACAGAGAAAGGCCAGCACCGGGACUCUCUACCUUUCUGCCACGCACACCAUCUUUAUAGAAAACAACCCUGACACACGCAAAGAGACAUGGGUGUUGCACAGUAUGGUGAGCAGUGUGGAGAGGCCACCCACCAUCCCUGCAGGAAGUCAGCUGAUCCUGCGUUGUAAGGACUUCCUGGUCUUCCAAAUCCUCAUUCCGCAGGAGAGAGACUGUUUGGACAUCCACACCUCAUUGGUCAGAUUGUCACGGCCAGAGAAGUACAGUGAGCUGUACUGCCUGUCCUUUAAUCCCAAUGUGAACAAAGUAGAGAGAGAAGAGUCCUGGAACUUCAUAGACAUCAUGGCCGACUUCAAGAGGAUGGGAGUUCCUAAUAACUUGUGGGUUGCUACAGCGGCCAACAGCGAAUACAGGGUUUGUGAUACGUAUCCAUCGCAGCUGUUUGUUCCAAAGUCGGCCACAUCCGCCAUCUUUGUGGGCAGCUCAAGAUUCAGGAGUCGAGGGCGAUUCCCUGCUCUGUCCUACUUCCACCAGGACACACUGGCAGCAGUGUGUCGGUGUAGUCAGCCACUGUCUGGCUUCAGUGGACGCUGUCAGGAGGAUGAGAUGAUGCUGCAGGUUUUGAUGAAGUCCAAUCCUGGCAGUGACCACAUCUAUGUGGUGGACACCAGGCCAAAGCUGAAUGCCAUGGCAAAUCGAGCAGCAGGUAAAGGCUAUGAGAACGAGGACCACUACACCAACAUCAAGCUACAGUUCAUCGGCAUUGAAAACAUCCACGUUAUGAGAAGCAGCCAGCAGAAAGUCAUUGACGUGGGCGAGAUGAGAUCUCCGUCCAUGACUGACUUUCUGUAUGGUCUGGAGAACUCUGGUUGGCUCAAACAUAUUAAAGCCAUACUGGAUGCGGGGCUCUUCAUAGCCAGGGCAGUGGCCGAUGAAGGUGUCAGUGUGUUGGUUCACUGUUCAGAUGGCUGGGACAGGACGGCGCAGGCCUGCUCUGUAGCCAGUAUCCUGUUGGACCCAUACUACAGAACCAUCAAAGGACUUAUGGUGCUGAUAGAGAGAGACUGGGUCUCCUUCGGACACAAGUUCUCCCACAGGUACGCCCACCUGGAUGGAGAUCCCAAAGAGGUGUCGCCUGUCAUCGAUCAGUUUCUGGAGUGUGUGUGGCAGCUGUCUGAGCAGUUCCCGUGCGCUUUUGAGUUCAACGAGCGCUUCCUCAUCGCCAUACAUACACACAUCUACUCCUGUCAGUAUGGGACUUUCCUGGGCAACUGCCAGAAGGAACGUAGGGACAUGAGGCUAUAUGAGCGGAGUCAUUCCGUGUGGCCUCAGCUGUGGAAGGACAGAGCUGAGUACACCAACCCUCUGUACAAGGACAAGUUGAGCCAGAGUCCGGGCUUCCUGAGACCCAACACCACCCCCUACUGCUUCAAAAUGUGGAAGGGUCUUUAUAACCAUGUGGAGAAAUCAACUCAUCCUCUCCAGUCACCUGCCGACUUCCUGUCGGCUGUGAAGGAGGAGUCCCAGCAGUUGGAGGAGGAGCUAACCAAUCACCAGGAGAGGAUAGCAGCCCUAAAAGGGAAGCCAAUCACAUCGGAGAAAAUCAAGGUUCCGAGGAAGAGGAUUAGCCACAUGCGGCAGACACACCGCGGGCCGGACCUAUCCACCACUUACACAGACCCAAUCAGCAGCCCUGUACAGGACAACAGACAAGCCCUCUCCUCUGAACCAGCCAACCAGACUCAGACCAAGGACCCCGAUCUUGCCCUGCUUCAAGGGCUGCCGCACACCCAGCUCAAGAGUAAUAACCCUGAUGACCUCUCCACCUGCAGCGACCUGGAGUCGGGUGUGGCCAACCUCAUCAGCAGAUCGUCCAGCGUUGGGGAUGACGGCAAGGACCCGGACGAGGCUGUCUUUACUACUGCCUGA